UUCAUCACUUUUAUUAUUAUUCUCUUUUCUUCUGGCGGCCAUUAAUUUCUCUGCCGCUGAUGGUUUUGAUGUAGCUCUUCCGCCUUCGUACCCGACGGAGCCCCCCGUCGGAGAUCCUUGGAGUGGAUUGCGUGUUUUUGAUGUAAGUGAUUAUGGGGCAGUUGCUGAUGGGAAGACAAACGACACCUUGGCAUUGAUGGCGGCGUGGGAAGAUGCAUGUUAUAACGAAGGAGAGUCCAUGCUGUUAAUACCGGAAGGGAAUUACUUGGUUGACCAAAUUACACUUUCAGGGCCAUGUUUCAGUGACCUCUCUCCCAAAGUCCUCAUUUUGGGCACUUUGAUUGCCCCCACCAACCUCACCGCCGACGUUUGGAUCCACUUCCAUUCCCUUCCCCGCCUCUCCCUCACUGCCGGCCACUUAUCCACCAUCGACGGCCAGGGCGCCCAAACCUGGUCCUCCGGUUCUGCCUGUCGUCGUGCACUGACUUGUCCUAUGUUUGCCACCUCUUUGAAGCUAAGCAAUGUGUUGAACGGGACAGUGAGUAAUAUAAACCUAGUGGAUAGCAAGGGUUUUCAUGUGUCCAUUUUUCAGUGUGACAAUAUUCAUUUUUCUGGAUUCAAUAUUACAGCUCCUUGGAAUAGUCAAAACACUGAUGGCAUCCAUAUCAGCCAAUCUACCAAUAUCAACGUUACAAACUCCAACAUCGGUGUUGGUGAUGAUUGUGUUUCCAUUGGACCUGGUAGUGUGAACGUGUCAGUUUCUAAUGUUACAUGUGGUCCAGGACAUGGAAUCAGUAUCGGGAGUUUAGGGAAGUACAAAAUGGAGAAAGAUGUGAUAGGAAUAAGGGUGGAGAAUUGUACCAUAAAUGGAACUCAAAAUGGAGUGAGGGUGAAAACAUGGCCAGGAGAUCUUGGCAGCAAUGCUACCAAUUUGACAUUUCAAAACAUUGUGAUGAUCAAUGUCUCAAAUCCCAUUAUCAUAGAUCAACAAUAUUGUCCUAAUCAUUCUUGUGACACACGAGAGCCAUCAAGUGUGAAGCUGAGUGAUAUCAACCUAAGAAAUAUAAGUGGAACUUACAACUCUCAGUUUGCAAUUAAUCUGAAAUGCAGCUCAACGAAGCCAUGUGAGAACAUUCAUCUUUCUUACAUUAAUCUCACUUCCAUUAGUCACCAAUCAGAUGAUGAUGAAGAUGAAGAAGAAGAUGAUGAUAUUGGCAACUUCAAUUUCAAGGGUGCUCUAAAUUCUUUCACCAUUUUUAAUUCAACAUUUUAG